GUUCCGUCGUCUCCAGCGCGUGAGGGUGUGCGAGACAACCGGCGCGACCGCGGCGUUGGUUGUCGGCAGUCGGUGUGCCGGGAGAGCCCAGAGCGCCUGUUGACUGUCCAUCCUCUGUCGUCUUCAAAGUACGGACGUACCGGUCAAGACUCAGAAAAUGAGAUUCUGCAGCAAAUAACAGCACUGAGGAAAGAAGGUUUGUGGUCUCUGAAACGUCUGCCCAAACACCAAGAGGCCCCACGGCACAAAUCACACCAUGAUUACCUUUUGGAAGAAAUGCAGUGGAUGGCAACUGAUUUUGUUCAAGAAAGAAGAUGGAAGACGAUAACUGCCCAGAGACUGAUUUUAAGUGUGGCUCGUCAUCACGAGGAUAUGCUACUUCAUAAGGAAACAUGCAGGAAAAGGGAAGAGAAGCAACUGAGGGCUGUUGCUGCUUUUACUGCCAGAGAAAUUGAGCAUUUCUGGUCCACCAUUAAACAGGUGGUAGAUUUAAAACUGCAAGUAGAGUUAGAAGAGAGGAAGAAGAAUCUAUUAAACUCACAGAACAUCUCAAAAAAAGAAAUAAUGGCAGAUUUAGCAGAUCCUGCUGCUGCUGCAGAAGCGUUGUUACCCAAAGGCAGUGCUCAAGUUACAACAGCAGUAAAAAGUGAUACUCCGUCCUUAGUACGCGGCACUCUUAGAGAUUAUCAGCAGACUGGACUGGAGUGGUUGGCAAAGCUGUGUAAGAUGAAUCUCAAUGGCAUUCUGGCUGAUGAAGCUGGGCUUGGAAAAACAGUGCAGGUUGUUGCUUUUUUUGCACACCUGGCAUGUAAUGAAGGUAACUGGGGUCCUAUUCUUGUUGUUUCACAAAACUUUAAUGUGCUGAAGUGGGAGAUUGAGCUGAAAUGCUGGUGUCCUGCUUUGAAAAUUCUUCUGUAUCUUGGGAACCCAGGAGAACUUUUUGAAAAAAGACAGGAAUGGACUGACCCCAACAACUUUAACGUAUGCAUUGCCUCCUGCAAGCAAUUCUGGAAAGACUGUGAAGCAUUCAUGAAAGUACAAUGGAGGUAUCUAGUUUUAGAUGAGAGGCAGAAUGGUAAUAAUCUGACAGAGAAGCACUGGGAUGCAAUAUUCAAUCUCCGGAGUCAUCAUCAUUUACUCUUGAUGGAUACGCUUCUGCCUACUGCCUUAAAAGAUCUGUGGGCCAUUGCCUGUUUCCUGAUUCCAGGGAUUUCCCAGUCCUAUCUGGAUUUUAUGAAGGUAGCAUCUGUGGAGGGCAGUGAAGAGCAUUGCCAGAGAGUUGCAGCGAGACUCCAGAGAGUAGCGCAGUCAUUUAUUUUGCGGAGGUCCAAAAUUCAUGUUGAGACGCAGUUACCAAGGAAAUACGAGCACGUGCUUACAUGUACUCUUUCUAAUCGGCAGAAGUCAAUGUAUGAAGACAUCUUGUCUCACCCAAGAACUCAAGAAUGUCUUAAGAGUGGGCACUUUGUCAGUGUCCUCCAUAUUGUGACGCAGCUGCUAAGGGUGUGUAAUCAUCCUGAUCUGAUAAGUCCCCGGCUUCCAAGUUCUCCCUGUGUAUUAGACACGCUGGAGUUCACAACUGCUUCUCUAGUGCUGAAUGCAUUGGGGUGGGAUCUUUGGAAGCACGCAGACUGGUCUCUCUUUGAUGUGAUUGGGAUGGAAAACCAAAUGACUUGCUACGAAGCGCAAAUACUGCCAAAACUGAAGGUAACUAGGAAGCUUAUCGAAGAGAUCUACUGUUCUCCUUCGUCACCCAGACUUGAGCCAGUGAAACUCAAACCAAAUAGGUUAUUUACACCAGUGCAGUAUGGACAGAAGCCCGAAGGUAGGACUAGAGACUUCUCAAGGUCUCAGUUGCAGCAGACAGUGGACACAGCAACAGUUACGGAAGAUCAUCAUGAGAAAAUACAGAGACGACAACCCCUUGCCACGUUUUCAGAAAAUCAGCGUAGGAACGCCAGCGAGAUAGUACUUGGCCCAAUGGCUCCCACAGCUGGAGCACAAGAGAGAAUUGCUCAGCCAGAGAAGCCUGUAAUGUUACAGUUUAGAGGGAAAACAUUUACUUUGUCUUACAGUCAGUUCUGUCUGCUUAUUAGUAGACAGUCUCUGAAGCAUCAAGAAGAAAAAAGACAACUAAAGGAACACCUGGACAAAAUUUAUUUUGGGAAUGAGCGUCGUUGUUCCUGAACCCCACUAUAUGGCAGAGACUUGUUGGAAAUUUGCUCUUGGAUCAGUGAAAAAAAAAUCUCUCAGCAUUGUUCUGCCAGGAUUAACAAAUGGUGCUGGGCUGGCUUUGCAAAUUGCCUUCCCUAUUCAAGUACUUCAGAGGUUCUAAAGGAUCCAUUGCAAGAACUCAUUCUGACAUUGAAGCAGCAACAGAUCGCCCUGAAGGAUGUUGUUACUAGAGAUCUGUGCGUAUUGCCAGCUGUUGCUGUUGCUACUCCGUGUUUGUAUGUAGCGAAUCCUCCUUAUACUUAUACCCAUGAAAUGAAGGUCUUGAAGUUUAAUCUAAAGGAACAGGUACUUCCCUACUUCCAUUCAAUGCAGCAGAUUGCAAGGCCUCAUUUUCUACAGUUUCCAGAUCCCCGACUGGUGCAGUGCGAUUCAGGCAAGAUGGAAGCUCUGGCUGUCUUGCUUCGGAAGCUGAAAGCAAGAGGACAUCGUGUGUUGAUUUUGACGCAGAUGAUUCCAAUGCUCGAUGUACUGGAGCUUUUCUUGAACUUCCAUUUUCUCACAUACAUAAGAGUUAAUGAGAGCAGUGCUCACAGCUGGCAUUAUCUGGAAUCCAUAAAAAACUCCAACCAAGACAAGCGAGUCUUCUGUGCUAUUCUUGCUUCCCACACUCCUUCCACAGGUGUCAGCCGUGUAGCUGCGGAUGCCGUGGUCUUCUAUGACACUGAUUUAGAUCCGCCGAUGGAUACAAAGGCUAAAGAGUGGUGUGAUAAAAUUGCAAGAGACAGAGAUAUUCACAUAUACAGGCUUAUAAGUGGCAAUUCUGUUGAAGAGAGGCUGUUGAAAAAAGGUAUUAAACAUUUAAUUCAAGAAGUGGCUGCUCACGGAGAUGAUUGUUCAACAGACCUUUUAACUCAGGGAAAAGAGGAUUCCAGAAAGUUUACAGAAGAGACACGAUCUGAGAUAAGAGAUGACAUAGAUUCAGAGUGGUAUGAUUCAAGAAAUACUGUGGUUCCUUCACAGCUAGAACAGCUGGCUAGCUUUGUAGAUGAGCUUAAGCCAAUUGAAAAGUAUGCGUUGAAUUUCUUGGAAUUGUUUCAUACUUUGAAUGAUCAGAAAAGCCAGAAAGUCAACAAGGAAGUGAAAGAGGAACUCUUAACCUAUACCAGACAAGAUGCUUAUAACAUGGAAUUUGUCUGUGAAGGCCCAGAUGGAGAAAUAGAAAUAAUGCCUCUUUGGACUCCCCCUGUUGUACCUGAGAAUCACGAUGACAUCUACACAGAUUCUGUUACGUGUCUGAUGUAUAGUAGUACCCCGAUUCCAGAGUCUAAGCUUCCACCUCUGUUCGUCGGGAGGGCGCGUAAGCGGCAGAGAACAGAUCUGUCCUCUUCAGGUGAGAGAAAGAAGCGUUGCCAUAGAAGGACAGCUGUUCCUCCACCUUCACUUUUCAAUCAAGUGACUCGAAUAUUGAAAACACGACGGAAGAGCAAAGCUCGGAAGACCCUCCUCUGGGUAAAACAGCAAACCUCUUUUGCGAGAUCUUCGUCACCUCCCAUCGAGUCAGCGGCUGACACUGGGCAAGAUAGUGCUGCGUGGCUAAUUGCUGAAGACUUGGCACUGUUAAAAGCGGUGAAAGAGUUACGGGCACUUCCUUUAAACCUUGCUAUUGUGUCACCAGCAUGGACAGCAAACUGGGACUUCGUCAGCGAUGUCGUUAACUCUUGUAGCUGUGUUCAUCGCUCCCCAAAGCAAUGCCAAAAUCAUUACCUAAAAGCAUUUGCAGGUCCAGAAGGAAAGAACAUGGGUGGUUAUCCUCUUCAUGUUAGACAAGCCUAUGCUAGAGACCAGAAUUCUGAGCGUACUCAUAUCUAUAUGAAUCACUUUGAGUCGAUGACAAUGACUGCUAGAAGAAGAAGCUCCUCAAAUAGGUUCCUUGCAGGCAACUAUGACAAUUUACUACCUGUGUCUGAAGUUGUUUCCAUCUGUGCAGAGCCUAUGACGAUGCAGGAAAAGGUGUUGGCUGAAGAACAAACAGCUCCACAACCGCAGGAGCAACAGUCUGGUCAGAAGCAAGAAGAGGAACAAACAGCGGAGCAUAUCCAAACCCAGUGCCAACCACAGGGGGAAACACAGGCUUCGGGACGUAGGCUCUCUCCAGCCGUAGCUGCGUUGCAGCAGGUGCCCGCCGUGCCCCCCAUUCCAGCACAGCCCGUGCCCACAACCACCUGCCAGUUUUUUCAACCAGAAGCAUUUGACAGCAUCAGUUGUAACCAUCGCUCUGAUGACAACUGUGCAGAUAGAGGUGCUUUUGAUGACUCUGUUUCUAUCAG